UCUGGGCCCGCGGGGACCCUCGGCUCCAGGCCCAUGGCCACCGCGGCGGCUUCGUCUUCCCUGGCGCUCCGGGCCUGCAGCCCGGCCGCAGCCCCCAGCUCGUACGGGGUCUUCUGCAAGGGGCUCUCCCGCACCCUGCUCGCCUUCUUCGAGCUGGCCUGGCAGCUGCGCAUGAACUUCCCGUACUUCUACAUCGCGGGCUCCGUGAUCCUCAACAUCCGCCUGCAGGUACACUUCUAGUGCAGCGACUUCGCCGCUGCCAUGGCGGCACACCAUGGCGGACUCCCUGGGGGCCCGGCCCCGCGAGGUCUCGCGAGAGUGUCGGGCGCUCUCCGCGGCUGCGCACUCCUCCCUCAGCCGCACUCGCGGGCCGUCGCGUGAGCCGUCCGGGGCUGGCCGGAGGGAGUGCGUGACUUUGGUUCCGCCCGCAGACUUUGUACAGACUCACGACUGUAUUUAAGAAGCCGAACUUUCGAGAAAAAAAAUUAUGUACAACAAGCUCAAGGUUCCAGUUAAAUAAGUUUCGGGACUGUUGUUUGGAUCGGAUUGUAAGUAGACACUGAAUGAGUCAGAAGCUGAAGAUCUUAAGGAUUUGCCGUGGACGCCAGCUCUUUCUUCGUCCCACAGGAGAAAACGAUGACAGGAACUUUUAGUGAAAACAGCGCAAAGACGGUACAGGAGUCGCAUCCUUCAUAUAUACCAAGAUUUUGACCCGAGGGUUGUAUUUUGAGCCUCGGAGGGUCGGAGUGUGAGAAAGUGGACUCUGUUGCAGUGACCCUGUGAGUAGCACCUAGUUCAGCACCCAGGAGCCAAAAAGAAGGCAACCCAGUCGUAGCACAAAGCAUGGCUAUUUCGUGGAUAAUAUUUAGAUAAUCAUCAUAAUGUAAAUGCUGUUUAUGGUUGUCAUCUUUUAAAAGAAUUAUGCUUACAAAGUAGCAUGCCAAUGACAUCAACCUUUACAAUGUAAAAGUAGACCUUACUGGUGGUGAUGUUGAAAGGGGGCAGGGUAAAUGGAAUAGUGGAUAAAGUUGCUAGAAUAGUAAUAUAAUUACAUUCAAGAGAAAGAGCAGAGACCAGCAGGAAGUCAAUAAGAAAUGCCUAAGAUGGAGAGUUAAAUGAAAUGUCUCAAAAAGAAAAAAUGGUAGACUAUUUGGUGUGUUUGUAUAUGAGUUAACAGGUUUUUAAUGUUUUAGGGAGUCUGGGAUUAAAUGAGUGGUUUAUAGGGCUUUUCUAAAUUAAGGAAACAGCUGAGGCAAUUAUAAACCCCAGGAAAAAUUAAAAGUUUGACAAGAAUUACACUGCAUGCCUCAACUGUGAAUAAUAAUGGUUAUAUAAAGUUGGUCAUAAUUAUGUAAACAUUGAACACAGAUAAAACGAAUGGUUAUGUAAUUUGGAGGAGACUGGAAAGGAAAGAGAUGUGUAUAAUGGGGGAGAAUCAAGAUCUAAUUCAGUGAAGUCAAACUAUGUUACAUAGGAAAAACAACUCAGUUAAAAGUGGUUGUCUCUGAAGAAAGAAAAUCGGGGAUGGGUAGAGAAAAGCAAGGAGUGCUGCUGCUUUUCACUACCGGACUAGCAGUAUUAUUUGAUUUUUUGAACUUAGAUACUUACUUCUUUAAAUAGGAAUUGGUUUAAAUAAGUUUCAACUUUUUAGAAGUUCUCCAGGUAAUUGAAAUUUACACCAUUAGUAAGAGUCAGCAGGGUAAGUUUUUAAAUCAAGUAGAUCUGUUAAAAUAUGAACUCUGAUUUUAUAGCCUUAGGUGAUGCCAUUCAUCUGCCUAAACUCCUUUCCUCCGUUAUUAAUUGAAGUAAAAAUACCCACUUUGAACGGUGAGGAUUAAAAAUAAGCCUACCUUAGUGUUUCAUAUAUACACAAUAGAUGGUGUUCAUUAUAACAGUACCCUUCAUAUUUGAGUAAAACUUAAAACUCUUAUGGAAGGCCUGUUUUUCCAGAGAUUUGAAGGAGAUAUGUAGGGUACUGACACUCGAGGUAUGAAGAUAUUGCAGGAAGAUUUUUGGUGAGACAUUUGUGUGAAGAGUGGCAAUUACUUGUUGUGGUAAAUAUUUAAACUGUUAACAGUGUUCUAUAUUCUAAUUGUAUCCAACAAAGAAAUAUACCCCAGGGGCAAAAAACUAGUGCCCGCUCCAGCACCAUGUCUGGUUGCCGGUAAUUCUUUCCAUAAUCCUUUUCUCCAGCCAGACUAUUGAGCACUUUCUACUUAUACUAUUUUUCCAUUAAGAUUUUCUGAGAUGCCUCUGACCAGAAUAGACUUCAUUCCUUUUAAUCCAUCCAAGGGCUGUGUUAAUAUCAAUUUACACCUGCAUUCGUUAUCAGAUUUGGAGGGUUGGGUUUUUCUUUUAAUAUCCAGGAAGACACAUUUCCUGGACUAUCAUCUCUCCCCUUGGUAAUUACAUAUUGCUGUGAUAGAGUGCAGGAACUAAAAUAUUUUGUUCUAAAAUAUCAGAAAUAGAAUUUGAUCCAUAAUGCCAAGGAGCCUGCAAAGGGGCAGACAUCACUAGUUCCUAGAGGUACUGAUGCUCCACUAAUAACAUAAGAGAAUGUAGCUUCCUUCAUGCUGGGAUGAGGAGGUCCAAAAUGCUACAUUUGGGUGGCUGCCUGAAUCCAGUGUUUUCAACCUUUUUCCUCUUAGCAGUCUUUUGUUACACUGAAGAAACUUAGGCACUUUAUCACUUUAUUAAACUUAUUUAUCAUAUCCUUCAACUAGAUUGGAAGCUCUGUGAGUGAAGACACUGUAUCAUAAUCCAAUUUUACAACCUAUAGUAUUAGGAAAUGUAUAGUAGGACCCGAAUGAGAGCUCUGUGAUAUACCAUUUAUCCUUCACAAUUGUUCUAAAACCUAGAUGUAUGUUUUUCUUCUGACAUGAUACAACUCAAUGAACUUUAUCAACAUCGCUGGAAAACAAGAGUUUUGCCCUGACAAACCAGUUACUCUAAUUUGCGAGUAAUUGUAUUCCUCUUGACAUCCUUCCAGGUGACAUCCAUGAAGCCAAAGACUUUGUUUGUUCUUUGCUCUAUCCUCAGCCUGGAACGUCGCCUAAUGCAAAGUAGAUCAUAACUAUUAUUGAAUGAAUGCCGAAUUUGUUUUUUCUUCUACACAUAGCAGUCAAUAAAGAAAAUAAAGCUGUAUUUGGUCAUGAUACUAAGGUCAUCCAUUUUAUUAUCCAUAAAUUGAGCUUUUUUUAUUGGUACAGACAUAUCUCCAACUUGAAGCAAAGAGGUGGUGUAAUUCUGACCUAUGAAGAACUCCUAAUGCCGAAAUUUCUGAGCCUGGAAAGCAGUCUGAUCGCCAGUGAGCCCAGAGAAAGAGUAAAGAUUUGCUGGGGCCUGGUGAGGCUCUGCCCCCGACCCCUGCCUUGCCUCCCUGCCUUGCCAAGCCUGCAGGGUUGCCACAACAACCCUCCACUCCUGAAUUUCUGGAGAAAUUCAGAAGCCUUUUGGCCCCUGGCUUCCCUUCCCUCCCUGGGCCAGGUUGCCCUCAUAGAGGAGGUUUUUUUAUAUCUUCAGUGAGGCAGGGUAACCUUUUAUGAACCAAAAUGAGAAAAGCUAAAUCCUCACAACCAAAAGGCAUAAAUCAUUAAUGAAAUCCUUAACCAAGAAUGUCUGGGCUUUAAAAUCAUUGCCACAGAAUAGAGGUUGUGUCCAACAAACUAACAAGGUGUUUAAUUUAAAAGGAACUUUUUGGGCCUCCCCGGUGGCGCAGCAGUUGAGCGCUGGGUUGCAAAGCUGCACGCAGCCUCUGCAGUGCCGGUUCGAUCCCCGGCCACCAGAUGAGGGUCCCACAUGGCGUGCAGACCUCUCCUGCUGCCCGCUGUUCCCCUCAGCAGUGUACUUCAUCAGUCUGCCUGUUCUGCUCUCCACUCUGGCUCUGGUGAAUUCUCUCACCCUCCCGCGCUUCUGACUGUGCCCAGUGCUUGUAUAAAUAAAUCUUUUAAAAAAUAAAAGGAACUUUUCUGAAA